UACAAGAAGCGAGUUGGGUUCGAUACGUUCACCAAUAAGGAUGCUACGCGAUAUUCCUUGACGCUCAAGAGUAAGCAUGCAGAAUACGUCUACAACCGCCAUUCCCGCACAUUCUUGAUCGGAUCAGACACCUCAGACUACUCGGACUACGCCCUCGACUGGCUCCUAGAAUCCCUCGUCGAAGACGGCGACGAGAUUGUGGCACUCCGGGUUGUCGAACCUGAAAGCAUGUUUGGCUUCUCCGUCGACGACUACCGCGUCGAAGCAACCAAACUCCUUGACUCCGUCAUCGCAAAAAAUAACGCCUUAGGAAGCGGCUCAAAACACAUCUCUGUCAUCGUCGAGUACGCAACGGGCAAAAUCCAAGACUACAUUCAACACACGAUCUAUAUGUACCAACCCGACUCCCUCAUCGUUGGAUCUCGUGGUCGACAGUUGGGAAUCCAAGCACUGAUGCCCGGCUCCAUCUCGAAAUACUGCCUCCAAUACUCGCCCGUCCCCGUCGUCGUCGUCCGUCCCGACCCCAAACGAGCAAAGAAGAAGAAGAAGCGACUAGCAGACCCAGGCCGU